UACUAAUAAAACAGAAGUGGUUCUUACUAACUAUAUAAGAUAAUUGGAAAAGACUAGUUUAGCCUGAUCUUUUUAUAUUUAAUAUCUUUGCUUAGUUUGUAAUAUAGUAACAUUUAAAAAAUUAUAAAAUGUUGCGUAACAUUACUAAGCUUUCAUCAGCUCUAGUGAGACCUGUUUCUUCGUCAUGCCAGAAGAAUAAGCAAUUUGAAAUAAAUAAUAAUAAUGAAUUUGUUAGCAAGGUAAUGAACAGUUCAGUACCAGUCAUUGUAAAUUUUCAUGCUGACUGGUGUCAUCCUUGUAAAAUACUUACCCCUAAAUUAAUAGAACUCAUAGGACCAAUGGAUAAAGUGAAUCUUGCUAUUGUAAAUUUGGAAUCAAAUCCACAAUUAGUACAUAUUUUUGAAGUAAAGGCUGUGCCAGCUAUUAUAGCAAUUUCAAACGGAUUAGUAGUUGAUAAAUUUGUAGGUUUAUCUGACUUAGAUGUCAUAGAAGAUUUAAUACAAAAACUUACGAAUACACCAAUAAAUUCUGAAAAUGAUGAGGGAAAAAUGUAAUAUGCAUCUAAUGUAUUAUAUAAAAUUAUUAAAAUAAAUAAUUUAAUACAUUUUUUUAGUUUGAAUUGAACUAUGUAAUUUUGUUUCAUUGGACAAUAAUAUUAUGUGACGUUGGGGUAAAAAUAUGAAAUAGUAAUUUAAAAAAAGAUAACAUUUUUAUUUUUUUAUUUAUAAUUUUUAUAAUAUCUUGUGUUAAUUAUUUUACAAACACUUAGUAAUUUGUUAUAUAUAUAUCAAUAAUAUUAUAACAUGGUUAUAAAAUGAUUUUUGACCUGAUUGUGUAUUACAUACAAUAUGCUAUAUUAAUUAAUAUUAAUGGCCUUUUUUAGUCUACCAUUUUGUGACAUUAACUGUACUUAUUGAUCUAAUCGUAGUUUAAAACUGAAGUAUAUUUCAAGGAACUUACUUUCUUUGUAUAAUCGCUAUCGCUAUUUGUAUAUCUCUUAAUGGAAUACAGUUAACGUGAUUUAUUUCAAUAAAAUUCGUUUAAAGCACGUUAUACAAUAAAGUUAACAAUGGUAUUAAAUAAUGAAUGCAAAUCUAAGAUGAUAAAGCAUAAGUAAUGCAAGGAUUUAAAACAAACUGUUAUUUAGUUUUACUUCUAAUUUUAUAUUUAUUUUUAAUUUUGAAACAAUUCUGUACAAUCUAUGUAUGAAAUUACUGUUAAUUACAGAUAGUAGGCCAAAGAUUUAAUAAAAAACACUUAAUCCAUGUA